AGCCGCUCAUCUUCGCACCAACCGUCCUGACCUUGCUCCUCCCUUUUCCCCUGUCGAUCAAGCAAGGUAAAUCCAGCCUUCUCCAUUCACUGAAGCUGUAACUCCGUUGCCCACAAUGGUCGGAUCAUCCCUCCUCCUACCUCUCCUCGCCGCCCUGGCCUCCAUAGCCGGCGCGGUACCAGUAAACGAGCGCCGCUCCGCCCGCCCGACGUGCGGAAAGCCGGGGACAGUCGUGUCCACCACCCAAGUCACGGUACCAACCUCCCAAGCGGCGACAGCAGCGCCCACGAGCCCGCCCGCGGUGUCACUUCCUUCACCCAUCACCGUCUCCUCCUCGUUUGUCACUUCUCGUCUCGCUUCGUCGACUUCGGCGGGUGUGCCUGGCGUUUCCUCAUCAUCGGUGAGAACGUCGGCGGCAGCCUCCUCAGCUUCUGCUGCGCCGUCUUCUCUAUCAACUGUGCGAGUGUCCAGCACGGGCACAGCCUCUCCGCCUGCCACCGGCACAGGAACCCCGGCAUCGGGAUACAGGAAUGUCCUGUACUUUACAAAUUGGGGCGUCUAUGGGGCGAACUACCAACCGGCAGACAUUCCCGCAGACAAGGUGACGCACUUGCUCUACUCCUUUGCGGAUAUCCAAACAGAUGGCACGGUAGUCUCGUCAGACCCUUACUCAGACACGCAACGCCAGUACUCUGGCGACGACAACCAAGCAGGUAACGCCUACGGCUGCGUCAAGCAGCUAUACGCCCUCAAGAAGCAAAACCGUCAGCUCAAGCUCGUCCUCUCCAUCGGCGGCUGGACCUGGUCCAGCAAGUUCCCCGCCGUGGCCGCCUCGGACACGGCUCGUAAGCAGUUUGCUUCCUCUGCGAUCAAGCUCAUGAUCGACUGGGGUUUCGACGGUCUCGACAUUGACUGGGAAUACCCAGCCAGCGACACGGAAGCAACAAACUUCGUCGCCCUCCUCAAGGAAGUCCGCUCCCAGCUCGACGCCUACGCCGCGGCCAACGCACCGGGCUACCAUUUCGCCCUCACAAUCGCCUGCCCCGCGGGUCCCUCGCACUACAAGCAGAUGAACCUCCGCGGCAUGGACCCCUAUGUCGACGCCUGGCACCUCAUGGCCUACGACUACGCCGGCUCCUGGGACACCACGACGGGCCACCAGGCCAACCUCUACCAGAAUCCGUCCAACCCGACGGCGACAAAGUUCGACACCCAGACCGCGCUGGCGUACUACCUCUCCCAGGGCAUCGCCCCCAGCAAGGUCGUCCUCGGCCUGCCGCUCUACGGCCGCUCCUUUGAGAACACGGCCAACGGCGUCGGCCUGCCGUACUCGGGCGUCGGGACGGGCUCCAUCGAGCCGGGCGUGUGGCACUACAAGGUCCUGCCCAAGGCCGGCGCCGUCGAGGUCUACGACUCGACGGCGGGCGCGCUGUACAGCUACGAUAGUUCGACAAAGGAGCUCAUCAGCUACGACAACCCGGCGAGCGCGGGCGUCAAGGCUCAGUAUCUGCUCGACAACAAGCUUGGCGGCGCCGUCUUCUGGGAAGCCGCUGGUGACCGCAAGGGCGAGGGGAGUCUGGUGGGUGUGUUGGCGAGCAAGAUGGGCAAGCUCGAUUCGAACCAGAAUCUGUUGAGCUACCCUAACAGUCAGUAUGCCAACAUUAAGAGCAACCUAGCGUAAAAGGGGGCUCUGGGUAGGUGAUAGUUAUUUUGUAUUCUCCCAAAUGUGUUUUGGGUCAUGUUAUUAGAGGCGUUGGUUUGCGCUAUGCUGCACUUCUUGACGGGAUAUGACUUAUAACGAAGUCUUGGGACACGGGCUUUUAGCGAUGCAUAUGAGAUACGGCCGAAUGAAGCCAAUGAAUUAGACGGCAGAAUUCAAGUUUCACCGAGUUACCAAAGAGUAUUUUGCUUGUGAUGAUUGGUCCAACAGUCAGUGGGCUAGGUAUUCUGUGUUGGAAACUGAC